CUUUGGUUUGAAGUCCUUCCUCCGUCCCCUUUCGCAUCACCGCUGGCAUCAGCGGGGAGGAAGGAGGGACAAGUGACAAAAGAGAAUUUUAUCCUCAGGGGUGACCCCCGGGGGCACGGGGAACCUUUCCUUGCGCUGUCCCCGGCGGGAGCCGCCCCCGGGGACAUCUCCGGUAGGUGGCACACGGGACCCGCGCACGAAACCCGACACUGCCAGACACUCCCUUGGAAUAGCCAGGGGCCGGGCAGGAACCAGGAAAUCCACGGCGAGCUGGCCAGAAAUCGCCGCAGCUCCAUGGGGGAAGGAGCGACAUGGGCAACCUGUGCAGCUGCGGGCGCCCGUGGAAGUGCCCUUCGCCUUUCAAAAAGAAGAAAGAAAAGCAAGGAGCUGAUGUGAAGCGUGAGAUUCAGCAGCAGCAGCAGCCUGGCAGGAAGGUCCCCACGUACGAAGAUGUCCCCAAUGUCCCCGUCUACGCCACGGUGAGCAAGCCCAAGGGGGCUCAACAGGAUGACAGCAUCCACUACGCCGACAUCCAGGUGUUCUCCAAGGUGCGCCAGCGCUCCGCCGCCGAGGUGAGGAGCCUGCAGCUGCAGAACGCCACGGAAUACGCCACCCUCAACUUCCCCAGGGCCAGGCUGAAGUACGACAGCAAAAACGGGACCUUGGUGUGAAGGAAUCCAUGGCUUCCUCCUCCACCUUCAGCAGGGAAAGGAGUUCUCAGCUGUGGACGCCAGAAAACUCACGGGCGCUCUGAGAACUGGGGGUGCUGCGUGUCCCAGCGCAGAUGUUCCCACUGGGGAGUUUUCCAUCCCAUCCUGCUGGCAGAAAUCACCUCCUCCCCUCGGGGGAGCUGCCCCUGGAGCUGGCAGCCCAUCCUCUGCUGGUGCUGGAGGUGCCAGAGCUGCUGCUGGGCUGCUGAAGGGUCCAGAACAGCYCUGGGYGCUGCUCCAGCCCAGCYCCAACGUGGAGCACAGAAUUCAGGACUGAAGGGAGGAUUUGGCCCAGGAUUUGGUGUUGGUGUUACAGCUCUGAGGGUGCAGGGUGGUGUGUGAGGAGUUGGGACCUUGAGCAGUGUCUGCUGCUCUGUCUCCUUCCAACAGCUGCCCCUGGAGCUGCAGCCAGGCCCUUUCCCCAAAAAUCAGUGUUCUGCAGCACAAACAGCACCCUGCAGCAAGAAAUGCACAACUGGGGAGGGGCACAGAGCCAUUCCUGUCACUCGUGGGCCCUUCAGGUCUUCAGGGGUGCAUCCUCA